AUGAUGCUGACUCAGUACGAUGACAGGACGAUCGCACGGUCGGAGAAGAUGAUGGGCAGAGGGAGCAGCGGCGGCUCUCGAACGCGCGAGAGUAUCAUGCAGACACUGCUGGUGCAGGACAGGCUUCGCUUUGCAACGGAAUUGACGCAUCACAUGGCCGUGCUGAGUCUGUUUGAAACCGAGAUCGAUGUGGCCAGUCCACCCGCGCAAGCGAACGGGGAGGCUCGGGGUAUGGUCAGCAAUGCGGCUGUAUGGCUUUCGCGUCUGGCUGGAAUGGCUUUGCAGGGCACAUCGCUGCUGUUUGGGCUUCCGGCGUUCUGCUCGUCGGCCUUGUUCGUCGCGGCUAGAUGGCUCCUCUACCUGCAAGGUGCUGAUGCGCAACGGUAUCGAGCCGACAUUACGACGCUGAUUCUCGCGCUCAGGAAGCGUGGCGAACGGUAUAGCAGGGAUGACACGUACGCAAAAGCCAUCGUAGCACUCAAGAGGGAAGCCGAUUUCUACGGUCGCAUCUGCAUCUCUCCCUUCACCUGGCCCAUCGAGGCCAACUCUGAAUUCAUACCGCUAUCCGUCGCUGCUGCGCAAGACACGGGCGGAGGACGCGGGAAGCAACGUGUUCUGGCGCCAACGCCAUCUGUCGAGCCUGGCUUUACCUCGAUCGCUGCGUUAGCAGCCUUGGUCGAUGAUGCCGCCGUGCUCGCGCUGGUCGAUAAUGCUCCUUGA